UUGGCUGAGAGGCGGCCAGAGGGAGGGCGGGGGUAACUCAAGGCCUGCUUGAUACGUCCGCCAUUUUGGGCGCUUCGCUGAUGGUGUCGGUAAGCCCUUUUCCCGCCUGAGCGUGACUCGCUGCGGGUCGUGGGCGCCUCCAGGAACACUUCUGUUUCAUACAAUAUCCUCUCUUAUUCCUGCUAAUCUGCUAAUGCGGUAAUUUGGAAGAUAGCUGUCACCAGGAUAACCUGUAAUGGGCAAGGAGCCACAGAGAAGAAAACAUUUCUUUUAGUUUUAAACCUUGGUUUGAAAGACAGGUCCCCUUGGAAGGGAUGAUGGCUGUUCAUUCAAGUUGAACAUGCAUAUUUAUAGAGGAACAAACUACAAUACUUGAAAUAUUUGAAUUAGUUGACAAAAAACCAGCAUGUUUUGGAAAUUUGAUCUUCACUCAUCAUCCCACAUAGACACACUUCUAGAGAGAGAAGAUGUAACACUGAAGGAGCUAAUGGAUGAGGAGGACGUCUUACAGGAGUGUAAAGCCCAGAACCGCAAGCUCAUAGAGUUUCUGUUAAAAGCAGAAUGUCUCGAAGACUUAGUCUCAUUCAUUAUAGAAGAGCCACCUCAAGACAUGGAUGAGAAGAUCAGAUACAAGUAUCCAAAUAUAUCUUGUGAGUUGCUCACUUCUGAUGUCUCCCAGAUGAAUGAUAGACUGGGGGAAGAUGAGUCCUUGCUAUUGAAAUUGUAUAGCUUCCUCCUAAAUGAGUCCCCCCUGAACCCACUACUCGCCAGUUUCUUCAGCAAGGUGCUAAGUAUUCUUAUCAGCAGAAAGCCAGAACAGAUUGUGGAUUUCUUGAAAAAGAAGCGUGAUUUUGUGGACCUCAUUAUAAAGCACAUAGGAACUUCUGCUAUUAUGGAUUUGUUGCUAAGGCUCUUGACAUGUAUUGAGCCUCCACAGCCCAGGCAAGAUGUUCUGAAUUGGCUAAAUGAGGAGAGAAUUAUCCAGAGGCUUGUGGAAAUAGUUCAUCCAUCGCAAGAAGAAGAUCGACAUUCAAAUGCCUCACAAUCACUUUGUGAAAUUGUUCGCCUGAGCAGAGACCAGAUGUUACAAGUUCAGAACAGUACAGAACCAGAUCCCCUGCUUGCCACUCUAGAAAAGCAAGAAAUUAUAGAGCAGCUUUUAUCAAAUAUUUUUCACAAGGAGAAGAACGAAUCAGCCAUAGUCAGUGCAAUCCAGAUUUUACUGACUCUACUUGAGACUCGACGGCCAACAUUUGAAGGCCAUAUAGAGAUCUGCCCACCAGGCAUGGGUCACUCAGCUUGUUCAGUUAACAAGAGUGUUCUAGAAGCCAUUCGAGGAAGACUUGGAUCUUUCCACGAACUCCUGCUUGAGCCACCCAAGAAAAGUGUAAUGAAGACUACAUGGGGUAUACUGGACCCUCCUGUUGGGAACACUCGGUUGAAUGUGAUUAGGUUGAUAUCCAGCCUGCUCCAAACCAAUACCAGCAGUAUAAAUGGGGACCUGAUGGAACUGAACAGCAUUGGUGUCAUAUUGGACAUGUUCUUCAAGUACACAUGGAAUAACUUUCUACAUACGCAAGUAGAAAUUUGUAUUGCGCUCAUUCUUGCCAGUCCUUUUGAGAAUGCAGAAAAUGGCACCAUUACUGAUCAAGACUCUGCCGGUGACAAUUUGUUAUUGAAGCAUCUUUUCCAAAAAUGUCAACUAAUAGAGCGAAUUCUUGAAGCCUGGGACACAAAUGAGAAGAAACAGGCUGAGGGAGGACGACGGCAUGGUUACAUGGGGCACCUCACCAGGAUAGCUAACUGUAUUGUGCACAGCACUGACAAGGGUCCGAAUAGUGCGUUAGUACAGCAGCUUAUCAAAGAUCUUCCCGACGAAGUCCGGGAGCGAUGGGAGACAUUCUGCACGAGCUCCUUAGGAGAGACGAACAAGAGGAACACGGUAGAUCUAGUUACAACCUGCCAUAUUCAUUCAUCCAGUGAUGAUGAAAUUGACUUUAAAGACACGGGUUUCUCACAGGAUUCCUCUUUGCAGCAAGCCUUUUCUGAUUAUCAGAUGCAACAAAUGACGUCCAAUUUUAUUGACCAGUUUGGCUUCAACGAUGAGAAGUUUGCAGAUCAAGACGACAUUGGCAAUGUUUCUUUUGAUCGGGUGUCAGACAUCAACUUUACUCUCAAUACAAAUGAAAGUGGAAAUAUUGCCCUGUUUGAAGCAUGUUGUAAAGAACGGAUACAGCAGUUUGACGAUGGCGGUUCUGAUGAGGAGGAUAUCUGGGAGGAGAAGCACAUUGCGUUUACUCCAGAAUCCCAGAGGAGGUCCAGCUCCGGCAGUACAGACAGUGAAGAAAGUACAGAUUCAGAAGAAGAGGACGGGGCCAAACAAGACCUGUUUGAGUCUGGCAGUGCAAGCGCAGAGGACAAGAUGGAGGUGGACCUGAAUGAGCCACCCACCUGGUCAGCCAACUUUGACGUCCCAAUGGAAACCACCCAUGGUGCACCCUUAGACUCAGUGGGCUCUGAUGUCUGGAGCACAGAGGAGCCGAUGCCAACUAAAGAGACAGGCUGGGCUUCAUUUUCAGAGUUCACGUCCUCUCUGAGCACAAAGGAGUCUUUAAGGAGUAAUUCUCCUGUGGAAAUGGAAACCAGCACUGAGCCUAUGGAUCCCUUGACACCUGGUGCUGCUGCCUUGGCCACUCAGCCAGAGGCACCAGGCAGUGUGGCCAUGGAAGCCAGCUCAGACGGGGAAGAGGAUGCCGAGAGUACAGACAAGGUAACUGAGACCGUGAUGAAUGGCGGCAUGAAGGAAACACUCAGCCUCACUGUAGACGCCAAGACAGAGACUGCAGUCUUCAAAAGAGUGUUGAAGUCCUACCGUGAGGAAGAAAAACUGUCUACCUCUCAAGAUGCUGCUUGCAAAGAUUCAGAAGAGAACCCCGAACCAGCAGAGGCCAAGUGCACAGCUCCCCGAACCCCCAGCAGUAGUCCUGAGCAAAGGACUGACCAGCCAAGUAUGCCAAGCGACACGUCAGUUAACGGCCCUGUAUGAUGAGUGACAUCUGCUGCUGCUGACUGAGGACUGCAGGCCACCACCACCCAGGGGCUCUGGAGGGGUCACCCAGAGCUACCAAGCCGCCACUGCUGCACUCUGCAAGGGAUCAGGACCAGCAACCUUUAUACUCUAGAUUCUAAGACAUUGUACAGAGAAAUUCAGAAGUGUAAAAAUACUGCACAUUGAGAAAUACCAAGAAUUUUUGCGUAUGUUUAUAUUGUAUUGAUCUAAAUAAUGGGUAGCCUGUGACAUCAGAUCUUGCCGCCCAUGUAAUAAUAGUAGUGAUACAUAGUUCAGAUGGUUGUAAGAAUAGUUUUAUAAAGUGACUACACAGAUCUAUUGUAUUCAAAACAUAACUAUUUGACAAUUAUUAGUGUGACCAAAGUAUUAGGCAGUUUUCAUACAUUUUCCACCUUGUACAAAAUUCUGAAUUCAUUUUUCUUCCAGGUUGGCACGGAGCUGUCGAUGGAAAAGCCCUCUGCGUGUUCUUUUGGUUGUUCUGACUUACAAAGUGAUUUUGAAUAAUACUCGGUGUUCUUUUAUAACCCGCUUUUGAUUGGUAACUGUUUUCUGUAUUGUUGCAGAUGGAUCAAAUGCGUGAGUCUUGGUGGAGAUUAAGUAUUUAUUGCUAUGACUUAGUUCUUGUAAAGCCAUAUGUUCUGUUGAGGUCUUGUUUGCCCAGAGCGUUUCUUCUACAGGUGAAACACUAGAAUAUUGGAGUACACAUGACUGUGGUUGGGUUGGCUUUUUUUUUUUUGUUUUUGUUUUUGUUUUGUUUUUUUGUUUUGUUUGGGGGGGGUUCUGUUUUUUGUUUUGUUUUGGUAGUUCAUCUGCCUUUUAACCCAGUCACCAAAACAUCCCUUGUCAGCAAGCAUCACUGGUGGCCAUUUCAGAGUGGUCUGCAUCCACACUGCUCCGAGUCACAGAAGUGAGUCCCUGGAAAUGCUCGCGCUGGUGACGGAGUAGGAUGCGACCAUCAAGCGGGCUGGCUUUAACAGAAUCACAACCUGGCACCAAGCAUGUUUCUUGUUUUACUGUACCUUGUGAGCUUUUCACUCGUGAACCAGUGGAUUUUGAACUGGUCUGUGUGUAUAUAGUGAUUAUGGAUACUAAUUCAGUGUAAUUUAUAAUUUUCUAUGUCAGCAUAAACACAUCCCAGCCUCCUCCAACAGCUGAAGCAAUGGCCUGUGCACUGCCGUGGCGUCUGGGGAAAGGGCUCAGUCACCUCACCUCCUGCACUUUUAGAUGCAGAUCAGUUUUUCAUUUCUUUAAUAGGAAAUUAUUCACGUAUUUUUACAUCAUUUGUUUUUCCUGACCAGUAUUUAAAACCAAAAGGAUAUUCUGAAAAAUGGCCAACAAGUUUUUUAGAACCAGCAUCCCAAGCAGCGUGCCUACAUGACAUCGCGUGUGGAAAGAAGAGUCAAGUGUCCGAUGCCUUACUCCUUCCUCGCUUCUCACUGUAGACAGUGCAGGGGCUGCCUCAGGUGACCGAGGCAGGUCUGGUCACCAGGCUCAGUGGGCAGCAGGAGGCUCUGGGACUGGUGGUGAGGGGCUCGGUGGCCUGUGCAUGCCCACCCAGGACCCUUAAGUCACAGCUCCUUCAGGAGAGGCUGCUCUCCUCUGGAACCUGGUGCCACCAGAGGACAGGGCUCCUUCUGCUCGUCUCAGGGAUGGUCGACCUGCGUGGCCCAGGACCUCACAUUGCUGGCGGAUGGUAUGCUCCUGUCUCUCCUGGUGAUGAGCCUUGCUUGCCACAGCCAGGGUUUGGCCCUCUGUCAGCCCACACUGCCUCUUUGCUGUGGAUUGGGCUGGCUUUUCCAUCCCACCGUCCACUAGGGAAGGAGCACUUGGGUGCUGUCUUGGGGAAGAACUUCGGUUUGCUUGGGGAACGGCUGUGAGGGUAAGAGGGAUGGGGGUGUCGGGUAGGAGGUGCCAGCCAGGGCUUGAGAUGAGUUCCUGCUCCUUUCCUUUCUGUGUAUUGGCCGUAUGAAUCGCAAGACUAACAGAUGUCUGCAGUACAGUACCUGUAUUAAAAGUAAUAACAAAAUAAAGCCUGAUGCUUUCUUUCUAAA